AUGAGGUGUCGACGGCAACGCGGACAUGACUCGGGCCUGCCCUCUCUGGUCUCACUGGCGGCGGUCUUGAGCAUACUAUUCUGCCUUGUUUCCUCGGCCUGUGUGCCGGACGUGCACAGUAGCCUGCUUUCCGACCCUGCCAUACUCCAGGAUGAGGCCGUCACGGCAGCCUUUGCACAGGUCCAGCAGAACCUCUCCAGCCUGUUCACCAGCAACUCCUCCAGCGAUGGCCUCAGUUUUGCAGUUGUCCACGCAUCCGGGCCAGGCCUGGCAUUCACCUUCAACCACGGCCGCCUGAGGAUGAACGACACGUCCACCAGCCCAGACAACAGCAUCACCAGCGACUCCAUCUUCCGCCUGGCCUCCGUGUCAAAGAACCUAGCCGCCUUCUCCGCCCUGGCCAUCCAGAACACGAGCCGCGCCAUGGCGGACGCAGACCCCGGCGCGGGCAUCCACCCCCUGAGCCUCGAGGCCCCCGUGCGCGCGCUGCUCCCGGCCUUCACCCUUCCCGAGCGGGACUGGCUCGCCGGCGGCGGGCGCGACAUCACCCUGUCGAUGCUGGGCACGCACACGUCGGGCCUGACGCGCGAGGGCUACUCGGCGGGCUUCAACAUGGUCGCCGCGGCGGGGCGCGCCAGCGCCGAGUUCAUCGGCGCCGAGUGGGCGUCCGUCUCGGCCGCCGACGUGCUGGCGUACCUCGGCACGCGGGGCCUCAUGUUCGCUCCGGGCCAGCGCGCCGCCUACUCCAACGCCGGCUUCGCGGUCCUCGGCGCCGCGGUCGCGAGCUACCGGGGCGCGCUCCUCGGGGUGGAGGAGACAUGGGCCGAGUACGUCCAGCGCGACAUCUUCGGGCCCCUGGGGAUGGGCAGCUCGUUCUUUGGCCCGCCGGCUGAAGAGGUCAGGCCGAGGCUCGCCGUGCCGGGGGUUAGCAACUGGGUUGACCUCGUCGUCGACGGGUAUAACCCCGCCGGCGGGAUGUGGUCCUCCGCGGCCGACCUGGCGGCGUACCUCCACCGCGUCUGGCUGGCGCCCACCCCGGAGCUGAUCACGCCCGGCCAGCGCCGCCAGGCCCUGCAGCCGCGCAUCGCCCUGCCCGACGGGGCGCAGCAGGUCGGCUUCGGGUGGGAGAUCCACCUCAUCGACAGGCCCGACAAGACGUACAGCGUGUACGGCAAGUCGGGAGACGCGGCGGGGAACCACGCGUGGGUCGACGUCGUGCCUAACCUGGGGUACGGGAUCGUGGUGCUGUCGCAGGAGUCGGGCGACGACGGCAGGGCGCGGGUGGUCCCCGGCAGCGUCCGCGACGCCGUGCACGAGAUCCUCAUCCCGGCGUUCGAGGCUGCCAUCUCGAGGGCCAUGGCCCGCCGGUUCGCGGGGAACUAUACCGUCGCGGCCGACGGGGACCUCAUCGGGGACGAGGUCGCCACCACGGACCCCUCUGCAGGUCAGACGCAGUCGUACGGCCUCGUCGAGGUCGUCGGCGGGAGCAUGUUCCUCCGCUCGCUGGUCGUCAACGGCACCGACGCGCUCGAGGGCCUCGACAGGCUCAGCUGGAAGGCCAACGCCACCAGCGGGGGCAGGUUCUUCUCCGUCCCCGGGGUCGGGUCGGGGCUGAACCCAUCUGAGGCGGUCGGGGGUGCUGCGGCGCUCGCUGGGGGCGGCCAGGGGGAGGGGGUUACCCUCUGGACGGUGAUUCCUGAGCUGGACGAGUGUGACUGGUUUGACUUUGGCGGGUAUGUGGAUCAGAACGGGUGGCUUCUCAGCCAGGUUGCGCUCGUGGAGAAGGACUGGGGCGGGGUGGAGCUGCAUUAUCCGCCUUUUGAUAUUGUGUUGAUGAGGUCUGAGCCUGUGUGA